AUCGGUCGCCAUGGUAACUGUUGUUUAGCAACGGGGAUCCACACCUCGGCAAAAAUUCCCUCGUCAUGUGGUCCACGCGUUUCCCUCCUUCCUGACUCGGAAGUUUGUUUAGUGUCUUUGUUUUUUCUCCCAUCCGUGUGAGAAUGCAGAGGACGUUCCCCGUUUCCUCGAAUCCUCGCGUCCGGAUGUGAGGAUGAGCGUUCCGGCGUCUCACGUCUCUUGCGUUAUCGUCACCGAGGCCAUGCAUCAGGAUAAUGUUCAGAAUCAGCCCGGUUCGGGGGACUCUCACUGCAGUCCGUCCGACAAACAGCAUUUGAAAGGUGAAAAUUUGGCAGUGAGUCCAAGUGGUACUCCAGAUGGGCCCAAGGGACACUUGAAUGAAAACUUGAGUGCACAGACUGUGACAGCCCAUGUGGUUGUAACAUCAACACAAGCCAAUGGUGCUGUAGCUGCACUUGUACCUGCUCAAUUCAUUGUUGCAGGUGUAGGCUACAAAACCCCUAACAUCCCUGAUCUCAUCAGUGCCAUUUUCACCAAACUGAAAACCAAGAGCUUGGACAUGUGCCAGAAAGUGGUGGAUGACUUUCCCAAUGAUGCAGUAUGGGUCAUGAUCAGAAUGGGAACCAUUUUCAGUGGCAAAAAGAUUGAAUCCCUUCAUCCCAGAAACCCAAGUUUGGAUGGAGACUAA